CUCAAGGAUUCAAGUCCCAACCAAAGUAAAGUUGGGAGUCCAGCUGUUGCAUUUUGGAAUUAUCUUCCUACUAGAGCCCUUGACUGAAUAAUCAUUAUUUCAUCACACCCCUCCCUCGAAAAUACUCUCCAAAACCGAAAAUGAAUGUAGUUUAGAAAAAAACCCAUCCUUGUCUUUCACUUCUUCUUCUCUAAUUUUUCCUGCGUUCCUUUCUAACAUAUACUCACACUAGUGCAUUUACUAGAAAGAUUUUUUGGAAUAUCCCACCUACCCAGAUCGGAUUCUUGCAAAAUUAAUCAAUUUUCAGAUUGUGUUGGCUAUUGAAAGUGACCCCUCAGUAGAGUGUUCAAGGGAAAAAAGAAAAGUUUUUUAGUGCAUAAACAUCUUUAUCUUUAAGUGAUUUUGAUGUAAAUGAAAUGCAAAUCUGUUGUUAAGAACAGAUUUCAUGGGCUCUUGUUUCAGUAUUGAAGAAGAUGAAUCAGAACAGCAACCACACAACAAGCCAGUUGUCCAUGGAGUUGGUGCAUGCCAUGCCAGGUCAAAUCCUGUAAUUCCCCAGAACAUAUAUCUCGAUGCUCAUGACGCUGAAAAGGCAAACAUCGUGGUGAUACCCAAAAAUGUCAAGGACCUGCGGCAGAAUCCUGGGAGUAGCGACCUUGAUAUCUUCACAUAUGAAGAGAUGAAAUUGUCGACCAAGCACUUUCGACCAGAUAAGGUGCUUGGAGAGGGUGGGUUUGGCAUUGUCUACAAAGGAGUUAUUGAUGAAAAUGUCAGGCCAGGAUACAAGACCACAUAUGUUGCCAUUAAAGAACUCGAUCCAGAAGGUCUUCAGGGUGACAGAGAGUGGCUGGCAGAGGUGAAUUAUUUGGGGCAGCUUCGACAUCCAAAUCUGGUGAAGCUGAUUGGAUAUUGUUGUGAAGAUUACCAUAGACUGUUGGUUUAUGAAUAUAUGGCAUCCGGCAGCCUGGAAAAGCACCUUUUUCCAAGAGUGUGUGCUACACUAACUUGGUCAAGAAGAAUGAGAAUUGCUUUGGAUGCUGCUAAAGGGCUUGCUUUUCUUCAUGGAGCUGAAAGGCCUAUAAUAUACAGGGACUUCAAGACGUCAAACAUUUUGUUGGAUUCGGAAUUUAAUGCAAAGCUUUCUGACUUUGGACUUGCAAAAGAUGGGCCCAUGGGAGAUCAAACACAUGUAUCAACUCGUGUAAUGGGCACUUAUGGCUAUGCUGCUCCAGAGUAUGUCAUGACUGGACAUUUGACAGCCAGAAGUGAUGUUUAUGGUUUUGGUGUUGUUUUGCUUGAAAUGCUCAUUGGAAGGAGAGCAAUGGACAAAAGUAAACCUAGCCGGGAACAUAACCUUGUAGAGUUUGCUCGACCUCUUUUGAAUCAUGGAAAGAAGCUUUUCAGGAUAAUGGACCCCAGACUGGAUGGUCAAUACUCCUCUAAAACUGCUUUAAAAGUUGCCAAUCUAGCUUAUCAAUGCCUAAGCCAAAACCCAAAAGGAAGGCCUGUCAUGAGUCAAGUUGUUGAAAUACUUAAAGCCCUUCAACCACAAGAUAAAGGUGAAGAGGCAAUUCUAGUGACUGGAAGUGGCAGUGUCACAUUGUAUGAAGCUAAAGCAAACCCACUCAAAUGUGAAAGUGGAAGGGAAGUUGAUGCACCAAAGAGUAAUCAAACAAAUGGAAGAAGCAAGAGCGAGCUACCAAAGGAGUUUGGUGACCUUUAUAGUCCUCCUGAUCUUGUACUCGACGUUGGAUCAGUUUCUUGAAGAAGUUAGAAUUUACCAAGCAAAACUAAGAUGAAGCUAAUGUUUCUCUUAACAUUGGAGGAACUAUCAAUAUUUGGAAGACAUCAUGUGUCAUUCCAUGUCUAUUUUGUUUUGUUUUAUUGAGGAACUACCUUAGCAGUGAGACAUUUGGUAAUAUUAGGGAAAUAAUAAGGUCUCUCCAAAGGAGGUGCUGGCGUUGAGGAUCA